AUGGCCGCCCAUCCGCCCCCGGGCGUCUACGUCCCCGUUCCGACCUUCUUUGCUAGUAAGAAGGCCGCCGACUAUGACCCCGUUGCUGCCCCGGUCGAUAUUGCCACGCAAGUUGCGCACUCACUCUAUGGCAAGCACCGUGCUCCCUCGACACACUACCCACCAAGCCAUAUACAAGAAGCCCCAAGUGAACUAACCCCCCAAUCUCCCCAAGACCUCGCAAAAGCCGGCAUCAAAGGCCUAGUGCUCCUCGGCAGCACAGGCGAAGCGAUCCACCUGACGUCCGCGGAGCGCACCACCAUACUGUCUGGCGUGCGGCAGGCGUACGACCGCGAGGGCUUUCCAGACUACCCGAUCGUGGCCGGCACGGCGACGCAGAACGUGGCCGAGACGGUCGAGCAGCUGCGCGGGGCACGUGAUGCCGGCGCGCAGUGGGGGCUGUGUCUGGUGCCGGGGUACUUCGCGGGCGCGAGCACGCAGGAGGGCAUCGUGAGGUGGUUUACUGCUGUUGCGGACCAGAGCCCUAUUCCGAUCAUGAUCUACCACUACCCCGGCGUAUCAAACAACGUCAAAGUCACCGUAAGCACCAUAGUGACCCUCUCGGCACACGCCAACAUCGUCGGGUGCAAGCUCUCGCACGGCGACGUCUCGUACCACGCGCAAGUCGCAUCCAACCCAUCCAUCGACCACGCGCACUUCGCGACCUUCACGGGCCUCGGCCAGCAGCUGCUCCCCGUGAUCGCCGUCGGCGCCGCCGGCGCCAUCGACGGGUGCGCGGGCUUCUUCCCCAAAACGGUGGUCAAGCUGUACGAGCUGGCACUCAAGAACCGGCCGUCCGACGACGAGGUCGCGCGCCGGAGGGCCCUGCAGUUCAAGGUCAGCGCCAUGGAGGAGCUCGUCGUGCGUUUUGGUACUGUGGGCAUCAAGGAGGCUGUCAGUCGGCUGAGGGGCAUGGGCGAUUGCGACGGCACAAGGUUGCCGCUCUUUGGGGGUAUUCCUGGCGGGGAUGACGAGUGGGCGAAGUGGAAGGAGUGCGUGGGAAUGAUGGAGGAGGAGGAAAAUAGUCUCUAA